AUGGCCUAUCACCCACAAACGAACGGCCAAGCCAAGGUUUCCAACUGGGAGAUAAAAUGCAUCUUGGAAAAGAUUGUGAAACCUAAUAGAAAGGAUUGGAGUGCUAAGCUUUCCGAUGCACUAUGGGCCUACCAAACGGCGUACAAGACACUGAUUGGCAUGAGCCCCUUUCGAUUGGGAAGGGCCGGAAUUGAGAGAAAGCUACAAUUGGCGGAAUUGGAAUGUUUGAGGUUAGAAGCCUAUGAGAACUCUAGACUCUACAAGGAGAAGACAAAAGUCGUGCAAGACAAGAACAUAAGAAGAAGAGAAUUUAGAGCCAGAGAACUAGUCCUUCUCUACAAUUCAAGACGAAGAUUGUUUCCCGAAAAACUAAGGUCAAGAUGGGAAGGACCUUAUCGGGUAGAGAAAGCGGAACCAUACGGGGUCUAUCAUUUGCGCCAUCCUUCAAGCUCCAACAUCUUCAAGGUUAAUGGACAUCGUCUAAAGUUGUAUCAUGGUGAAAAAAUGAACCGCAACAAGGAACUUGAGAUAUUCCUUUUGGAGGAUGCACCUUAUGGCAUAGAGAAUUGA